AGUUCGUGAAGUCUUGAAGUGCAAAUCUUUAUUCGUUAAAAACAAGAAAUAAUAAUAUCAAUCAUUAUUCUUAAAUUCUUCAAAAGAAUUCAUAAACUUAUUUUAAAUCAUCUUAAUAUAAGUCAUUUGUGAAAAUUUAGUUCAUUAAUACAUAUAUCGUAUCGUAGAUUCGAUCCAACAAAUCGUACGAUCGAUUGUGAGAUUUCAAUCCAGCCAAAGACUAAGUCUGUUACGAUCGAUAAAACAUAUAAUCACAUAGCCGGGUCGUGGACCGUGGAAAUCGGAUUUUAAUCGUCUCAUUCGAAAAUAGAACGGAACUCUCGAUUCGGUGUUUGUGAUUGAUGUGCACCUGCAAGGAAUCGCAUUGGAUGCUGUAAGCGAUUGUUAGCUAAUAUCUCAACUUCGACGUAAAACGUAUCGAGAAGGAACGAUAAGCAGACGAGAAGAAUGUUUUCUAUUCGAAGAUUAAUCGUUGCCGUGUUUGGAGUUUGCUUGCUGACUGCUCUUCUCGAGGUGAACGAAGCGAGACCACGUAUCAGGCAUCAGAAGGGCGGCAGUCAUUGCAGCAGAUGCGGUCCAGGAUGGGGUGUUGUGAACCGUUGCGUUCGUGGUCGUGAUACUGAAUGUGGAAAAUGUGCACCGGGCACCUAUAGUCCUCACCACAGCAUUCAGCCUUGCUGGAUCUGCUCUAGAUGUGGUCCGGGUCUCUACGAGGCGCAUCCUUGCACUUCAAAAACGGACACCGUCUGCGAUUCUUGUCACAGACCAGCUCCAGAUAAUCCUGAUUACCAGAGAAAAUGCAAAGGGCGAACAAAUUUGUUCCUGGCUCCGGAAGAUGCGUUAGAAACUGGAGAAGAGAGUAUCUUGGUAAAUGAUCCUGAUGGGCAAGACCAGUUAGACGAUGGAAAGGAAUUGCUAGAGAAGGAUGCUGAAGCGGCCAUUCUUAAUGAAGAAUUGAAUUCUUUGGAAAGGUUCUAAAUGUAAAAUCUUUGAUUAUUAAGAGGCAGUUUAGUCACUGCCGUUACAUACUUUGCUUCCGUUUUUUACAUGGAGACAAUUUAUAAAGAAUUUUUUUGUGGAGAAUUAUUGUGUUCAAUGUGAACAAAAUUGUUUACCAUUUCUAUUAAAUAAGCGAUUCCUUCCUAUUAAAAGUUGUAAGUAGAAUUACUUGCAUAAGAAGAAAGUUCUUUUUGGACGAUUUAAAGUUGAUGAUUGAUUUUCGUGUAUUAAGUUAUAACUUAAUUACUUGUCAAUUUUGGUGCUCAUUUUUUCAACUUUCUUAUUGUUUUUUUCUUGUAUAUGAUUACUAAUAUGUAUAAUUCUUCGAAGUGGAGAUAAUCGACUUGAACCGAUCUCCGAUUACUAGUCAGUUAGUUACUAAGUAGUCAAUAAAAUAUAAUAUACGAAAUUAAUAUGAAUUUUAUUUUCGUUUAAUUAUUAAAGUUGAAUUUUAUGGUGUAUAUUAUUGUAAACACUACGUUUU